AUGUCUUUCACAGAAACAAAGCUUAUGCAAAAUACUUUACCUUCCCAGGUUUUUCAGUUCUUGAAUGCAAAAUGUGAGUCUGCAUUCCUUUCCAAGAGAAACCCCCGUCAAAUCAACUGGACUGUUCUGUAUAGGCGUAAACACAAGAAAGGACAGUCAGAAGAGAUACAAAAGAAGCGCACGCGUCGUGCUGUUAAGUUUCAGAGGGCCAUCACUGGUGCAUCUUUAGCUGAGAUUAUGGCUAAACGAAAUCAGAAGCCUGAAGUACGAAAGGCGCAGAGGGAACAAGCUAUUAGGGCCGCAAAAGAAGCCAAGAAGGCUAAGCAAGCAACCAAGAAAACGGCUGUUUCUGCUGCAAAGGCUCCUACAAAGGCAGCACCUAAGCAGAAGAUUGUGAAACCAGUCAAGGUUUCUGCUCCCCGUGUUGGUGGAAAGCGCUAACUUGCCAAACUGUUAGUGAUGCUGAAUAAACACCUGACUAACCUUCA